AACCAAGAUCAUCAUCACAUGGUGCGGGGGCGGGCGGACAAAAUAUCCUGCCGUGAUGAUUAAAUCGAAACUUGGGAUCGGCACAGUUUUGCUUCGAAGAGAAUCGUCACUUCUAGACCUACGUCUUGUGUAAAAAAGUAGACAGAUAUAUAAGGCUACCAGGACCAACCACAGCUGUCAAUCGACGACAUGGCCAUCAGCGAGCACUGAGCAGCCACAUUAGCAAUUUAGCAUCUGGCUUACACGUCAACAAGUCGAGUCUCAAUCCCCUGCAACGAACCCGCCAGACCCUACUUAUAAUGCAUCAUCGCCGCCAUCUCGUCGGCGCCAUCGCUGCGCUUUGCAGCAACCUUCCCUUGGCAGCAAGCCACCCGCUCCAGGGAGCCAACCUUGGAUCCUGGCAGGAUCUGGGCCCCAUCGCGCUGCAGCCACGCCAGGAGCACACGGCGGUGGCGCUCAACGAAACCACCUUUGCGCUGGUCGGCGGCAUCAUCCCCGCCGAGGGCAGCGACGGCGGCAACACGCCAGACAACUGGGCGACCACCGACAUGUUCCAGCUGUACGACACCGUCACGGGGCAGUGGACGCUGGGCCCGCCGCUGCCCUACGCCGUCAACCACGCCAACACCGUCGUCGUCGACGGCAGGGUGCACCUGCUCGGCGGGCUCGCCCCCGCCGCCGACGGCAACUGGGUCAAGACGGGCCAGAGCUACGUCCUCGACGACCUCGACGGCGGCUGGCGCGUGCUCGAGCCCAUCCCCGACCCGGUCGCCCGCGGCAGCGCCUCGGUCGGCGCGGCCGGCGACCUCGUCUUCCUGGCCGGCGGCAUGACGCAGCUGACGCCGCAGAGCACCGUCGCGUCCGUCAUCGCCUACAACCUGACGGCGGACCGGUGGAUCACGGACCUGCUGCCGGACCUGCCGGAGCCGCGGGACCACGCCGGCUCCGCCGUCGUCAACGGCACGCUGUACGUCGUGGGCGGCCGCGCCUUUGGCCAGAACAACACCAAGGACACCGUGUUCGCGCUGGACCUCGACGACGCGCGCGCCGGCUGGUCGACCAGGGCGGGCCGCAUGCCGACGCCCAGGGGAGGCGUCGCGGCCGCGGCGGUCGGCGACAGGAUCUACACGUUUGGCGGCGAGGGGAACCAGGCCGAGGGCUCGAAUGGCGUCUUUUCCGAGACGGAGGCGUAUCAUGUCGUGUCGGACACGUGGGAGAAGCUGCAGAGGAUGGAGGUGCCGAGGCACGGCAGCUGGGCUGUCGCCAUCGGGGACGGCGUCUAUCUCCCCGGCGGUGGGGUGCGCCAAGGUGGUGCUGCCGUGCAGCGGUUUGAUGUGUUUUGGCCGCCUGCGCAAAGCAAUAAUGCCGUGUUGAGAGUGGUUUGA